AUGAGUUCAUCAUCUCCCAUACCAAGUGAUCUCCUCUUAGAUAUAUUGUCGAGAUUGCCUGAAAAGUCAGUUGCUAGGUGUCACUGCGUGUCGAAGCAAUGGGCAUCAUUGUUAGGUAGUCCAUAUUUCAAGGAAUUGUUCCUGACCAGGCCCUCUAGGCCAUGCCUCUUAUUCGCCAUUGCAGAGAACGGCAACGACCACGUAGAGAUGGGCAUCAAUGUGUGGAGGUUCUUCUCGUUGCCUCAGUUUCAGAAUUCAUACGAGAAAUCGUCUUCGGCUUUUGUAGCAGCCGCCGAGUAUCAUGCGAAGUUGUGUCCAGACGAUUUAAUGAUCAAUCAUCAUACUAACCUAAAAUAUUUUUCAUGUGGCUAUGUUUCUGGCUUGAUCUAUUUCCAUGGUAAUCGAUACCAAGGGAGACCUGUGAUAUGCAACCCUAGCACAGGACGGUAUGCAGUUUUGCCUUUUCGAUAUAGUUACCGAAAGGCGUAUAGCUUUUUCGGGUUUGAUCCGAUUGGUAAGCAAUACAAGGCAUUGUUCAUGGCUUACCCAUCUGGUCCGGGUCAUCAUAGAGUUCUUACAUUUAGAGAUGGGAAUAUGAGGUGGAGAAAGAUAAAAUGUCCCUUACGACAUGAUAUUAACAGUGAUGGGGUAUGCAUCAAUGGUGUUUUGUAUUACUUAGGUAGAGACGAAUCUGAGAAUGUAACGUAUGAUGAUUAUGUGAUCGUUUGUUUUGAUGUUCGGUCUGAAAAAUUCACUUUUGUCUACAUAGAAAGGUUUUGUCGGUUGUUAAACUACAAGGGGAAAUUAGCUGUGGUUUAUUGGGAGGAUGAUGUUGACCUUUAUGGGGAUGAUGAUAUGCAUUUGGAGCUUGAUGUGUACACUUAUUGGGAGAAUAAGCUCGAUGUUGAUCCUGUUAAUGAGUUGCAUUUGUGGGUUCUAGAGGAUGUUGAGAAACAGGAAUGGUCGAAAUAUGCCUACACUUGGACCGAUGAUAAGUUCUUCCGUCACCAAGUUUCCAUCGCUGGAGCGACCGCUUCGGGUGAGAUAGUGUUUUCGAUGCGCAAGUAUACAGCUAAACAACCGUAUUAUGUUUUCUACUUCAAUCCCGAGAGGAACACUCUCCAACGUGUUGAAAUCCAAGGUUUUGGUGAAGCGUUUGAGAAACCUUGUAGCGUUCGCAACGUUACGUUCGUUCCACCUCUCAGCUUCACCAUCAAGUUUCGUUUGUAAUCGGUUCCAACCUACACUAGUUUUCAUAAUGGCUCUUUUGGGUUUAAACCCUUAGAAAUAUUGUAUACUAGUCGGUUGCUCGCGCUACGCGCGGGAGUUUAUUACAUUGUUUAUAAGUAAUUGAUUCGUAUUUUAUUUUCUAGUUAAAUUUUUCACUAUACCAUAUUUUCUUUUUUACUUAGAUUA